AUGCCACCAUCACCCAACAUGCCACCAUCACCCAACAUGCCACCAUCACCCAACAUGCACAAUCACCCAACAUGCCACCAUCACUCAACAUGCCACACCAACAUCACCAUCACCCAACAUGCCACCAUCACCCAACAUGCCACCAUCACCCAACAUGCCACCAUCACCCAACAUGCCACCAUCACCCAACAUGCCACCAUCACCCAACAUGCCACCAUCACCCAACAUGCCACCAUCACCCAACAUGCCACCAUCACCCAACAUGCACCAUCACCCAACAUGCCCCCAUCACCCAACAUGCACCAUCACCCAACAUGCCCCCAUCACCCAACAUGCCACCAUCACCCAACAUGCCACCAUCACCCAACAUGCACCAUCACCCAACAUGCCCCCAUCACCCAACAUGCCACCAUCACCCAACAUGCCACCAUCACCCAACAUGCCACCAUCACCCAACAUGCCACCAUCACCCAACAUGCCACCAUCACCCAACAUGCCCCCAUCACCCAACAUGCCACCAUCACCCAACAUGCACCAUCACCCAACAUGCCACCAUCACCCAACAUGCCACCAUCACCCAACAUGCCACCAUCACCCAACAUGCACCAUCACCCAACAUGCACCAUCACCCAACAUGCCACCAUCACCCAACAUGCACCAUCACCCAACAUGCACCAUCACCCAACAUGCCACCAUCACCCAACAUGCACCAUCACCCAACAUGCACCAUCACCCAACAUGCCACCAUCACCCAACAUGCCACCAUCACCCAACAUGCCACCAUCACCCAACAUGCACCAUCACCCAACAUGCACCAUCACCCAACAUGCCACCAUCACCCAACAUGCCCCAUCACCCAACAUGCCACCAUCACCCAACAUGCCACCAUCACCCAACAUGCCACCAUCACCCAACAUGCCACCAUCACCCAACAUGCACCAUCACCCAACAUGCCCCCAUCACCCAACAUGCACCAUCACCCAACAUGCCCCAUCACCCAACAUGCCACCAUCACCCAACAUGCACCAUCACCCAACAUGCCCCCAUCACCCAACAUGCCACCAUCACCCAACAUGCACCAUCACCCAACAUGCCACCCCAUGCCACCAUGCACACCCAACAUGCACCAUCACCCAACAUGCCCCCAUCACCCAACAUGCCACCAUCACCCAACAUGCCACCAUCACCCAACAUGCACCAUCACCCAACAUGCCCCCAUCACCCAACAUGCACCAUCACCCAACAUGCCCCCAUCACCCAACAUGCCACCAUCACCCAACAUGCACCAUCACCCAACAUGCCCCCAUCACCCAACAUGCCACCAUCACCCAACAUGCACCAUCACCCAACAUGCCACCAUCACCCAACAAGCCACCAUCACCCAACAUGCCCCCACAACACCCAACAUGCCCCCACAUCACCCAACAUGCCCCACAUCACCCAACAUGCACCAUCACCCAACAUGCCCCCACAACACCCAACAUGCCCCCACAUCACCCAACAUGCCCCCACAUCACCCAACAUGCACCAUCACCCAACAUGCCCCCACAACACCCACCAAAACAUUGUGAGUGA